AUGGUGUACGCUAUUAUUAUAAAAGAUGGCGAGUCAAAGAAGAUAGUUAGCAAAAGCAAACAACCCAUUUGGGGGGGGAAAAAAAAAAUCGAAAAAAAGAAAAGUACUAGUCUAUGCAAAAAAGGGGCCGCGAACUCCAGUUACUGUUACAAGAAUAAUCAGUAUUCCAUAUUAAACUAUUUUGACGUCAAAAAAAAAAAAAAAAAGACGAACGGGAUAAAGAAGAAAGUACACCCAAUAAAAAUGUCGACACAAUGCAAAAAUGACUCGAAUCAGAACGGACACAUUUUGACGUACAUAAAAUGGAUAUGUGAAGAAAAAAAAAACGAAAAGGGAAAUAUAAAGGAACACAUUUUAAAAUUACUAACAUUGCUAAAAAAGGAAGAUAUUUAUUUGAAAAGGUACUUCCCGAAGGUGUACAAUUUUGAGCAAAAAAGGAAACAAAAAGGAGAUACAAGCAGAAAAACAAAUUGUAAAGAAAAAAUUUACGUUAAUAAUAUUUACAAUAGGAACGUCAAAAGGACCAAAUUUUAUUCCAAUAUAGUGAAUGGUGCUUUAUAUGAAUACAAGCUGACCUACUGCAAAGAAAACAGCCUAAUGACAUUUCACUAUUACGAUGGGAUUAGGAAAUCAUUUAAGGUUUCCAGCGGUACCUUCUUUUACCUCAUAUCAGAUGACAAGAGUGUGUUUCGGCGUAGUGCCCUUAACAAUGAGGGGUCAGCUGAGCAGGACGCCCUACUCCCCCACAAGAACAACUACAUCUACACGUUUGAGCGAAACUGCGAAAAUAAGAUAAACGUCCAAAUAAUAGACGUUUUAAGCAAAACGAGGAAGACAGAAUUCUCCCUUGGGUAUACCCCCCUCCGAGUAUUUUACCACAAUGACCAUUUGUUUUUUGUAAAUUCGUUAAGCUGUACCAACGGACGGAAGUACUUCACGUACUCCUUCUACAAGAACAACGUGAAGGAAAAAAUUCGAGUGCUCUACUUGUCCGCGGUUCACCCGUUCUACUGCAGCAAAGACGUAGGCGGGAACGACUAUCCCUUUUUCCGCAAGUGCAAAUAUUUUCACCGUGAGGAGGGGGUUUUUAUGUGGACCGACCCGUUGUGGCAGGGUUCGUCGCACACCCCCACGGAGGCAUUCCCAGCCGAUUCAUCCACAUCUUCCACUUCUUCCACUUCGUCCACUUCUUCUGCAUCUUCCACUACGUCCACUACCUCGACUUCAUCCGAUGGCCCCUCCUCGGUUCGGGAGGAGCCCUGCGAAACGCGGCUGAACCAAAUCCCAAACAUGAACAUAAUACACAUCAACUCCAACGUGAACAUCUGCAUCGCGUUUGAAGAAAACACGGAGACGUACUUCUUCUUUUAUAUCCUCUACAAUGUGGUAAAGUACAACAAGAAAUACCUGAAGGAUUAUUUGAAGGAGGAGAAAAUGGACAAGUUUCUCCCUUUCCAGCAUUUCCUAAGCAUCGAAAAAAAGCAGUUUUUUUACAAAAAAGAAACGUACAGAAACAUAAAUUUUAACACAGAAGCUUACAAACCACAACUUGUGAUCACCACCGGAGGAAAUAAAAGCAUCCAAAGUAGAAUUAAAUUAUGUGUCUACGAUAAUGCCAACAAUUUGCUAUUUCUUAUCCCAAUAUAUCACAAAUACGUGAAGGAUAAAAUUAAGGUUGUCCCGAAUGUGUUAAAUUUCACUACGAUUAACAUGACAAGGGAGUUCUCCACCCUUAAGUACUACCCCUACAACAUGUGUGCCUUCCUCAACAACCAAAUGAACACAACCCAUUUGGAGUGCAACCCGAGGGAACGAAAUUUCGAUCACACGAUUGUUAACGUUUCUACUGGAGAAAAGAGGAUCCACUAUUUUAAAAAGCUGAUAAAGCAAAAGAGGGACAUACUAAAAUGGAAAGAUGGCGAAAGAGAGAAAAAGGAUCCAAAAAAGAACACACAGGUAAAUAGACUCAUCCUAGAUGUUAACAAAAUGAACCACUUCAUUAUCAUCCUGAACAAAGAUGGAAUGCUCUACCUACUCUCCGACGAUGUCUACCUCUCAAGCAUAUACCUGUACAACAACACAGCGCAGAUAUAUAACAUACACAACUCAGAUCUCUGUCAUGUCACUGUUGAUACGAUCGACUUUGACAAGAAGAAGCUCCGCUUGAAAUCAUAUAGAGUCCACAUCGACAUACUACCCAAAAACCCCACCCUCAAAUUUGUCCUGUCCUUUUUCUACAACUAUAUAUGCAAAAAGAUUGCCACUCAGUUUUUUACCCUCUGCUUUUAUGAGUGCAGAAGGGGGCAGCAGAACAAGGGCAUUUUUCACUUUCUCAAUAUUGACAUAUACUUUAUGGGUCACCACGAUUUGGGGUACUCUCACCGGGGGGGGGCUUCCCCGAGCAGCGUCAAGGCGCAAAAGGAAAACGAGCAAAGCACAAACGGGGUAAGCGAACACGGGAAAAGUUCAAACGGGCGAAGUGUAAAUCUGUGGAGUGCCCAUUUGCAGAGCGGAUACACCCAGACACAGAAAUGCUUCCCCCACCCGAACCAACAGUUUGGUGCCCCCCCAAUCGCGAAGGACACCUGGGUAAAGAACCAAACGGAGAAGUACGAAAUGUUCAACAGAAACUUUUUCGAAGUGGAGAAUCUGGCCCAUAUCGAGUUCAGCCGAUUUGUAUAUCUGUUCAUGCUUAUCUGCGUAGAAGACUUAAAAAUGUACAGAAGAAUGGAAAAAUAUUUGUAUCUUAAAAAAGGGAAGAACCUCAUACCCACAGAGGAGUACAUCGAAUCGAAAUUUAACUGCUUCAGGUUUGGACAAGCAGAGGAAAGUUCAAAUAGUGAGGAGGAUCAUGGAUCUUCUUCUAAUUCCUGUGACAGUGACGAUAAGGUGGAGAAGAUAACACACGGAAGGUUCCUCCCACGUGGUGGCAAAAUGGAUAAAGGCGUGGACCUCCCCCCAGACAGCACCUCCAACAGCUACUACUCCGUUAUUAACAAUUUUAUUACCUACCUACAUGACAAGUACAAGCAUAUUUACCGCAAUAGGUAUCUCUUGUUAGCCUAUCUACACUCCUACUAUGACGAAAUCAGCAUGAGCGAGUUGGUGGAACAAAAAAUCAAAGACGACAUCGUAUUUUUAAUUCUUGUCCUGUCAUACACGUUGAAGCUGUACAAUUUUAUGUUUCACUACAUGAACAAGCUGAGUUCAUGGCGGAAAAGAGAUCUGCUUCCCUUUUACAAGCAUGUAUGUAGAAGGUACUGCAAGGAAGAAUUGCUAAAACGGUGCAUAUAUGAUGUAACACGUCAGGAGUUCCCCCUAACGGUGCGAAAAAGCGAUAGAUGCUCUUCUCUCAAAAUGGAGCAAAGGGGAGACCCCAUUUGUGGAAAGACACAACGAAUCCAUUCCCCCCUUAGUAAAAACAGAGUGAUAGAAUUACAACAAAGCCACCAAUUUGACAAAUACACAUUUUUAAACAAUUACCUAAAGGGAAAAUUCACCAAACUGAGUAGCAUCCCAAACACAAUGGAACUUCUUAGCCAAAUUGCUAAUUGCUACGAUGCGGAGGAGGGGCAUAGCCACUUGAACCAUUUUUUGAAUGCUACCUUCUUUCUUCAACAUAAUGAGAAUCACACAAAGAAGCUCAAGCUCAAAUAUGAAUAUUACUUGAGGGAGGUGGAGCAACUUUUCAGGGUUCUCAUGGAGGAGGAGGACAGGAGGAAGAGAAGGGGAAAACGGAGAAGAAGGAAGAAGAAUAUUAAGAAAGGGAAGUAUAGCCAAAGUAGAAUGACCCGUAUAACCACAAGCGAGAGCCACGUAACAGACUGUUAUGCAAACUUCCAGUCCUUCAAAUCGUUAAUCCUUCUUGACAAUAAAAUGAAAUUUCUGUACUAUUUUUCCCCCCUGUAUUUUCCGCUAAAGAAUUUGCUAAUUGCCUCCCAUUUGAGUCUACUCUAUGGACAAAAUUUGAAAAAAAAAAUUAUCAAAGAUAACUUUCUUAGGAAUGUUGUUAAGAACGAGUUGGAUGUAAUUUAUGUACCCACCUUUCCAGUAAAUUUUAUGAAAAGCGCAGAAGAGAAGGGGUCUCAAGGAGGAAGAAACAGUUGUGUACAUAAUUCUACCCGCGGUGAAGUCCCCAAAGAGGAGGCAACAUACGGAAGGAAGUCCACACACAGGAAGCAAUCUAAUUGUCGUAAAAGAGCAGUUAUUCCAUCCAAACAGGGAAAAAAAACACCCCGCAAUGGAAAUUCCUUUGAGAGAUCUCACAGUAGUAGUGCCACGUCCAGCUGCGCGUUCUCACAGCACGCGAAGGAGAAACAGCAAAGCAGUGAUCACCUCUACUUUUACCAAAACAAAAUUCAGUUUCACACGUCCAACAUAAAACACUUCGAUUCGCUAAACAUAGACGACAUGAAUCUCGUUAACAUACUACUUAAGUGCGUCUUUUACGAAAAUUUAUAUGCCCUGAACAGGUACUCCUAUUUGCUGUAUAUCCACGUGCACAGUGCUAACCAUGUAUUGCGCAGUGGUUUGGGGGGAAGACAUGUCCUGAGAGACGCGCUGUGGUGGGAGGGGCACAAGGCGAGAGACGAAAGAGAGGAAUCACAGAAAUGCUCGAAGACUGCACUCCUUCUAAGUAAAGAUCGCCUACCCAUGGAAAUGAUAAAACUCUUCGACUGUUACGAGACGUUCAACUUUAAGAAUGCCAAUUUUUACAUCAGCAUAAACAGGGAGGACCUCUACUUCAACAAAUGCUUCGACUCCACAAAUACAAGAGUGAAGAAAAAUUUUUAUCAAGUUUUAGAUAUUUUGAAUAGGAGUUUCCACAGCGCUCUUCUGAGUGAUGGUCCUCUCCAUCGCUAUGGUAAGCGCGCGUACGGUAAGGAGAAACACGACUCGCGCAGUGAGGAAAAACGGAAGAGAGCCCAGAGAGAGGAUCAAGCGAACAACAGCUACGAUAAAAAGAACCUAAUUGUCCAGAAGAGCUACCUAAGCGAGUACAAAAUAUUGAAAGACUGUUGCUUUUUCUUCGAUACAUUUAAAAUGGAUCGAAAUAUCUCCUCGUGUUAUUUUCCGCACAACAAAGAUCCCGUACUCGUCUACCUGAAUAAUUUCCACAAUUAUUACUUCUCCAAAUAUUACAAGAAACGAAAGAUACAGCUGUUGAAAGAUAAGGAGGACGGCGUCGAGCAGGAGGAGGAGGAAGAAGAGGAGGAAGGACGUGCACAAAAUAGGGACCUAAUCGAUUUGAUAGACCUGGAAAACUCCUCAGACAGUUUAGAAAGCGCAUAUAUUCACAAACACAAGUACAACAGGAAGAAUGUAAAUCAGCAUUUAAAAAAAAUAAUCAAACUGGUCAAUUUAGACAAAUUAGAAGAGAAGAAAAUACUUAUCGACACCAAAAUUAACGGAAAUAUUGACAAAGUUUUAGAUUUAAUGCACCUUUAUUAUACCCUAGAAAAAUUUUACAAAAUGAAAUAUAUCUGCAUGUUUAACAUUAGCGAAAUUAACUUCUUCGACAUUAUCAACUCGAUUCAUUACAAACCGGACAUCAAUUUUAACAUAAAGUAUAAUUUGUAUGUAUAUUUAUUUGAGUACAGACAGAACCAAAGUCGCCUUAGCAAUUUAUCGAUCCCUCCGACCGAUAGCUUUUCCCUUAAUGUACCAUCUCGCGCCUAUAGUAGGGAUCCCGUGGAUGGCUCCAACCGGCGCCCCAGCGCUACCUUUUACAACUACGCCAAUUCGUUGAAUGAAAAUGGAUUUCCUGUGAAUAGCGGGCCGAGCAAUGGGGAAAAUCGCCUAGAUGUGAACCUGACGAAUCAGGCAACCGGGAUGAAUGGGAACAAUGGGGUUAGUGGACCCCAUCCCGUUGCUGUCCACAGAGCCUCUAACCCUGUCGCUGAGUCCCCAAGGAACAACGCCCUCGGAACGGGAUACCCAAAUGGCGCGCCCACUGCCAGCAUUCCCCGUAGGAACAGCAACGUCCUAAUCAGAGACAACUCCGAAAAUGACAUUCAAAAUAUUCAUUUGCGCAACGCUGCUUCGUAUCAUUACACACGAUUUGAUAACAACCAGAACAACAUUAACAGAAACGUUGGGAGCAACAUGCGGUUUAACACUGACACCUUCAACGAACCAUCCGAAGUCACCAUGCUGAAUAGGAGAAUACGGGAAUUUAAUAGCUACUGGCACAUGCGCACUAAUGAGUUAAGGACAAAUCAUAAUUUAAAUUAUCGAAGCUUGCUUAACACUUCGAGGAGCAUGCAGCGUCAAGGCAGCAACUCGGGGAAUCGCUUCAGUUACAAUCAAAAUAGGACCCCGGAAAGAAACACAGGGAAUGCGAUUUCUAGAAAUUAUGGUAACCGCUUAAAUGUGCUACCUCUAAACAGUACAGUUGGUAACUACCGGGACGUGGGUAGAGCCAACUCGUACAAUGUAAGUCGGAAUGUGCCGACUAGCAUGGAGGAGAGCCCACCCAUUAGUCACUUCGAGAACAGCCCCCUGAAUAGCCACCGAAUGAAUGGCAUCCAUGGGAGCAACCACAACGAGGGCGGCGCCCACGUCGGCCACAGCAGUCACAGCGGAAACAAUAACGAUUACGGAGGAAACAAUAACGAUUACGGUGGAAACAAUAACGAUUACGGUGGAAACAAUAACGAUUACGGUGGAAACAAUAACGAUUACGGUGGAAACAAUAACGAUUACGGCGGCAACAACGGACACAACGAUAGCUCUGUGCACCUCGCGAGGGAUAGCUCCUUUCUUCCCUUCAGUGCCGCGCACAGCAACAACGCGAAUCAGAGAGAUAAGCUGCACAAUUUGAAAUACUCUUUGAAAAAAAAAAAAAAAACAACAUGAAUGAAGACAGACAAAAUCGAGAAAAUCUUCAUCCUAAAUAAAAAGCUUAAAGAGUUACAGGCUUGCAAAAAUGUAUUACGCAAUUUUAACACCGUGCCUAUGAGGGAGCUAGCCAAUAAAAUAGGAGUUCAAGCAUCUACACACACGGGAGACUUUUUCGAUAACUUCCAAUUUAACAAUAGCACAUCGCACAAUGUAUUGACACAUAGAGAGUCGCUCAGAAACAACGAAAUGGAUAAUAACCGGUCUGGUGUUCCAAAUGAAGUACAAGAUUCGACUAGCUCCUCCUCAUACCAGGAAAGUGAUUACAAUAGCGACUUUAAUAAAACUUGGGAAGUACCCGAAUGUGUGGAUUCACCCAAAAGUAUGAUCGAUGUGGAAGGUGACGGAGAAAAUGGGCGCCCGAAUGGGGAUCACCAACACGGUGGUCGAAGCGAUGCUCCAGGAGACGACCCAAUUAGGCGAGCCAAUACAAACUCGAAAAAGCUUUACAAUGACAGUUACAACCCCAAUGGGAAUGACUCCUCUAAUGACGAGUUUUAUUCGAGUAAUUUUUUAUACACGCCCAACAAAGCUGCUAACGAGACGAUGGGCCAGGAGAAAAUAAACGACAUUUCUUUCGAUAACAUAAAUCGCAGAUAUAGCUGCAACAGGUCCAUUAACGACACGGAGACGAGGAGGGACAGCCAAAUAUCGUUUCUGUACUACGACAGAAGAAACAGCUUCAUGCUGAAUAGCCUGCCUAGGAGGGAAAGCAACGGAUCGCUGCCGGUGCUCAAUGAGGUCAGCUCGAAUUUAAAUGGGGAACCUGGAAGGCGUAGCAGCGGUGGGGAAGUUUACCGAGGCAAUUAUGGUGGGGAAGUUUACCGAGGUAAUUAUGACGGUGCAGUUGACCGAGGUAAUUAUGGCGGUGCAGUUGACCGAGGUAACUAUGGCGAUGCAGUUGACCGAGGUAACUAUGGCGAUGCAGUUGACCGAGGUAACUAUGGCGGUGCAGUUGACCGAGGUAACUAUGGCGGUGGAGAUAACCGGCGGGGCGAGCGAGUGGCGCACAGCCGGCCGUCCAUAAACUCCAGCAGGAGCGUGAGAAACAGUGCAGUGUCCAGCGUAAUCCAGAGAGAACGAACCCACCAAGCGAACGAUGCUAUGUCCAGCUACAACAACACACCAAUGGAGGAAUACACAAACCUGUACGACGUAAACGAUUUUAAAAAUAGAAAAAAAUUAAAUAAAAAAAUUGAUUACUAUGAUUUCACAUUUGACAAGGCCAAGUGCAUUAAAUACAAUAAUUUUGUGAAUGGAAAAAUCAGAAACGCAUUCAAAUUGCAAUGCUCCCUAUGCCAAACGAUUUUGUACAAAAAAUAUGACGACAUGCAAAAGAAGAAAAACACCGUCCUAGUAAACAUUAUAAAUCAUGAAAAUUAUUUAUUUAAAUUUCUGAAUAAGAAUUAUAAAUAUUGUGGGAUGUACUUUCUUGCGGGAUUAAUAUACGGCUUAGGAUUAUUACAAUUUUUUAAGAGUUUAAAAAUUUCUCUAUUUUUACAGUACAUUUUGAAGUACAAAAAUAGGUGCCUCUACAUUUGUUCUAUUUUGGGCAUAUCUCUAUCGUUAAUAUCAUCGAAGAAUCGCGAGUUAACGUCUAUAUGUCUAAGUGCUCUGUUCAAAGAAUUAUAUGACGGCAAGAAGAAACUGAAUUUGGACAGUUUGCUUUUUCAAUGUUUUAACGAACAUGGGCAAAGGGACGAUAACUACAAAUUUACGGAUAAGGUGGGCACGAAAAUUGAGUACUUGAAAAAAGAGGGAUGUGUGAAAAGGGGAACAGAAUCUAGACACGCGUGUGUAGGGGACGAUUCCAACUAUUUUAAUCUGCUCUAUGCACAUGACAACGAAUUAUCCGAUGAAGACACUUCAACCGUUCCGAUGACCAGUGACGAUGCGUCGUCCCUUUCGUGCAACACCCUUGAUCGAAAUAUAGGCAGUGGGAUAGGGAACCCCCUGGGUGAAUCCACCAGCUAUCAGCACCACCGCGAGGGGCACGCGGAGGAGGGCAUUUACAACGUAACGGGAGGAAGCACCGACGUGAAUUAUUACCCAAAUGGGGAUUCUAAUGCAGACCCGGGGAUGCUAAUUCGGGCGGACACUCCGCAGAACGGGGACGCGGGGGUUAAGCAGGACGAUCAAGAAGGAAGUUCAAAAGAGGACCAUGACUGGGGUGGCAAGGAACAUUACGAUGGGGGUGCUAAACAGGACUACUCAGAUAAGACAUAUAAACUGGACUACGACAAGGCGUACCCCCUGCAUUACGACCUUACGGGUGGACAGUGCGAGAGAAUGGAAUACCUCAAUGAGGGAGUUGACCCCGCGGAGGAGGGAACACCGCAUUACACGUAUCGCCCUAGCAAAGGUGACGACGUGGAUCCAUUCACUGAUAAGUUCAGCGAGGAGUGGGAGGAGCGAAAUGAAUAUAUGCGUCAGUACAUACGUGACCGAUCGGGUAAAGAGGACGACGUGGAGGAGGACCCAAACGAUGACGAGGAUCAAAACGUACAGGAUGGCAUACGAGAUUGCAUAAGGGACGAAAAAAAUGGCUGUCCAGAUGAUUACACUUUUGGGGAUCUACUAGAUGGUGACCCAGAAAAUCGACCAGAUAAUAUAGACGAAGUGUACUCCCUUAUGAACUCCCCCAUGUGCAAUUCGAUUUUCUCCGAAAAUUCUCAAGAGAAAAAGAAAACCAAAAGGGUAGACCACAAAUGGCAGAAAAUGAAAAGCAGCAGUAGAAAGAAAAAAAAAUCUUUAGACAACCUAGUCCUGAGUACGAACUUCCUUUGUCUAGGGUACCUCCACAUGAAUAGCAACAAUAAAUAUUUGACAAGAUACAUUUUUAAACUGUUACAAAAGAGCAAUCUGAGCAAGUUAAAUUUAUUGUGCAUUUUCUGGUCUAUAGGAAGUAUCAAUUUUUAAAUGCACAAAAACGAUUUAACCUUUUCCAUGAAAAGUUUACAUUCAGAUAAUAUGUCCUACGACAUAAUGCACAUUAUCAUCUCAUCUGCCGUAGCAGUUUCAUUAUCCUUUUUCAAAAGCAACAAUAUUCACGCCUUUAAUAUGAUUUUUAUGCCCUCCAUAAUGGACCACAUAUACUAUUUUAAUCAGUACGAAAUUAUGGUAAAAUCUUUUGCGCGGAAUAUGAUCAUCUUCGACUUUGUGGAUUUAUCUCAUGAAUACAUCCUGUCGAAUAUUCCUCCUUUCUUGAGGAUUCUUCCUAACGAUUGGAGUAGAAAGAAGAAGAGUAAGCUACCCUAUAUGUACUUGAUUAACAAAAAUGGAACCUUUAAGGAUAAAGAACUGGAGAGAAAAUUCAUCGUCCUAAAUGGGCACCUAAAUUGGGGCCACGAUUUUGUGCGUAACGAGAUGAAUAGGAUGUACGAGGGUGGUCGCUAUUUUCGUCUAACCAAGCAGAGCUUUGUACAUUGCUACAGGGAUAAGCUAUCCCCGGGGGGCGCUCCCCUGAGGUAUUAUUUCCACGGCGGAGGUAGCGGCGUACACGGAGUAGACGCAGUAGAUGGAGUAGACGGAGUAGACGGCGUGCAUGGCGUACAUGGCGCACAUGGCGUACGUGGAGGAGGAACCCACGCUAGAAGCUAUGACCGCGUCGACUGCCCAGGUGCAUAUGUCGCAGACACAAGUAGCGACCAACAGACCAACGCAGAGAAGCGCAAUCACGAACACAGUUUGCUAAAAGAUUACACCUUCGUCUAUAACUGCGAAAUGCUCAGGUACUACAUCAUCAUGGGGGUGCUACAAGUCCUCAGCUUAAAAUACCUUUCGACGCACCACGAGCAUUUCAAGAAAAUAUGCUUCGAAUAUAUCUCCUACUUUGAAAAUAUUAAUAAAGGAAUUUAUGCCAAAAAGAAGUUGGAGAAGCUGUACAAAAAGGUAAACUAUUUGGUCCAAAAGAUUAAGGAUAAGGUUAAGAGGGAGAACCUUGUGCAGGACCUCCUUCCAAGUGUACACGAAGUUAUGCGCGAGACGAGUGGGAAGAAGUCCGAGGGAGGUGUGCCCACAAGUGGGGUGGUUCAUCAGAUGGGGGGGGGAAGUUUAAGCGGCAGGGAAACCGAAGUUAGGGUUAGCGACUCGAUAAAUGGGCAGCUAUGGAGCGAUGGUGGCGAAGAUGACGAUGAUGAUCACGAUGGUGGCGGAGAUGAUGAUGGCAAUCACGAUGGUGGCGAAGAUGAUGAUGGCCGCUAUACGGACCCCCGCCAUAGCUGCGGAGAAGAGCGGCGGGGAGACCUGGAUGACCAAAUCAACAAUCGCCUGCAUGACCAAAUCAACAGUCGCCUGCAUGACCUCAUUGCGCAUCUGGAGUAUGACGACUACUCCAGCGAUUCCGAGGACGCAAAAAAGAAGAUCGGUUCAUCGCACUCCAGAAAAAGGAACGAAACGGAUGGAAGAACGCAGAAAGAAGUGAAGCAAAGACAAAGCGCAGACUCGACAAACAUCAUGGGGGUCACAUCCACCACCAAAAAAAACUCAGUGUACUCUCACAUAUACAAAUUAAUUUUGAAGUAUGUUAAAAAGAUAAAGAAAAUGAAGAAAUGCUUACACAAUUGGUACUCUCCUGUGGAGGACGAAAAUUACAUAACCAGUCGAUUGUUAGGAAAGAAGUAUCAUAAUGAGGAGAACCACUUGUACAAAAUAAAGGAGGAAGAUGUGAACGAUAUAGUCAAUUUGAUUUAUCAGUGCCUUUCCCUCGUCUUUGUCGGAAGUUGCGACAAAAUAUUGAAUAAAAAAAUAAAAAACAAAAUAAACAACCUAGUCAACAUCAGAGAUAAAAACACGAAUAAUUUGUACUACUACUACUUAGGGUAUAUAAACCUAGGCUUCUUUCACAUCUAUGAUUUGUCAUCCCAUUUUAUUAUUCAUCUGAUCGAAUUUAUGUACGUUCUCCUAAUUGACAAACGCUUUUUAAAAAUUUACGAUGUGACAUCAAACCAAUUUGUUAGCCUCCCCAUCCAGUUAAUCUACACGGAGAAAGUGAGCACCUACCAUUUGAAAACAAAUCGGGACAGUCACAAACAGGUGAGCAAUAAAAUCCAAAGAAACGCACUUAACAGAAACUUCUAUUUGCACAAAACGAAUUACACAAGUCUUAACAGAAAGGUAAUCCUCUCACCCAGUGCUAUCCCACACUUGGACAUCGUAAAUAUUUCCAUUUUGAAUAAUGAAUACUAUCACUUGAGCUUUUCCUGCUUCGAUGCGAAGAGGACGAAAAGGAGCUUCUCGAGAGGUACCGUGGGGAGGGACCCACAAACAGAUCCACACAUAUGCGAACGGAAGAGCGGAGAGCGCAUCACACCUGGACACCCCUGCGACAAGAACAAUAUUGUGAGAAAAAUAAUCAAGCGGGGAAUUCUCUUCGUUAAGAGGCGGGAAUAUAACAGCGUGCCGAUCGACUAUAAGCACUUGUUCGUGGCGGAGACACUUCGCAGCCUUUGUGAGGGGGGAGAAAAAAUGGGUAUGAAGGACAUUCCCCCUGAAAAGUUCACCAGGAAUAGCGACACAUGUAGGGGCACUUCCCUUAGGGACACCACAAACCUUCGCGGAAGCAAGCAGACAAAUGGAAGACAUAUCUGUAGCAGUGCGCUCUGGUUGGAGGAGCUUCACCCUAUGAGCAAAGAGAACGCUCUCGUGAUGAACCAAAAAGGAUCCCUCCUGGAGACCACCGAACAGAAGAAUAUCCUUAGGAACACCUUGAUGAGGCAUAAAGACAGCCAAAGCAGCAUAGCAAAAUUUUUACUGGAAGUGCUAAAGUACUAUGAGAAAAUCCCGUUGGCAUUUUCGGACGAUGCAAUGUUGCUAUUUCAAACGAAGGGGAAUUACAUACAUAAAAAUAUCAGCGAGCUACUAAUGCUAAAGUAUUACUUAAAAUUGGACGGAGAGAGAUCCUCCUCGGAAGAGACCCACCACGACGACCACUUGGUAGCAGAGGGAAAAUUUGCAAAGCUCUUUCUACUCUUCAAUGAGGAAUUUAGUAAGAAAUUUAUCGAAAUUGAAAAGUUUAAUAAACAAAAGGGAAGUAAAAAGGUACACUUCUUUCCCCUAAUCUAUGCUGUAAUUGUAGACUACUACGAGAGGAAGUGGUCCGCCCAGUGGGAUAAAAAAAUUUGGUCACUGCAUUCAGAAGAACAUAAUAAAAUAGUUGACACCCUUCGUAGCAAUGUGAAUAGCGCCUACUUGGAAGGAGACAAUGAGGAGGAUAGUAAAAACGACUUAAUCACCACCCGUGCGAUGUCAUCUGUGCCCAUCAUUAUAAACAAUAUCUACAACAACCAGCGCGCGCAAAACAACAUAUACACUCUUUACUACAAAAGUAGAGAGAAGAAGGAGAACAUACUGGUCAGCGAUAUGAGUCACUUAAAUCAGCUGAACCAACUGCUAGUCGAAUAUGCCCUCAAAAAGUUGAACCCCUUUGUGAAAUACCAACUAGUGAAACAAGUGCAAAACAAUUUCGAUUACUUUCUGCUGGUCCAAAAUUUACACAUAGAUCGAAGCGUCAAUUAUUUAUAUUUCCUGUCAGAUGUGUAUCAUUCCUUCUACCCAUUUUAUCAAUUCUUUUGUAAGUACUGGGAAGACCAUUACUUUGGCACCUUGGUAUCACCAAGAAGAGCAGAGAAGAAGUCAAUUUGCGAUUUGGAAUUCUUCGAUUAUGUUGCCAAUCCUGAGAGAGAUACCAAAGUUGUAGUCUUAGGGGGGGGAGUGGACCAAAGGGGAGACCUACCUGCGUAUUCGUUUCCAGAAAAAUCGAGCAGCUCCUACUUUUUGCGCCCCCCCAAAAGGAAUAAAAGGAAGGGGUAUGGUGCGGGGGGAAGGGCCGAAAGGGGAGGCAGUGCUUUCAAGGUAAAGGUUACGUGGAAGGAUGAAGCCGGGAAGGGCGUAUCAUGGAAGGAUGAAGCGGGAAAGAACGCAUCAUGGAAGGGCGAAGCGGGGAAAAACACAUCAUGGAGGGACGAAGCGGGGAAGAACGAGGCUAUAUCUUCUAACGACACGUUUGACAAAGUGAAGGACCUGCUGAGCCUCAAUUUUGACUAUCUCAAAAUCAUGCAGGGGAUCUACAAAAGGUCCAGCACAAGAAUGAGCCUGAUGAGUUACCUGCCCUUCUUUGGCACCGACUACCAUUUUGUCUACUUCUUUGAAAAUAACCUAAAGGUGAUAAAAAGGAUUUUCCAGCAGUAUUAUCACAAGGGCUACCCUCACAAAAGCAUCCUUUUUAACAAAAGAAAAAUUUCCACCAACGAUUCGAGUAACGUAGUUAAUUUAUUUACACAAUAUUGUAACUUCCCCAAUUAUUUCUCCUUUUGGAAUAUCGUUUUAUCUGAAAAGGAGGAUAACUUCCUUUUCGUGCCUCAGAGUAGACACCUCUACGAUCACAAGUAUAAUAGGUACAUUCGCUCCGUUAUUUCAAAAGCGGACCAGGUGUUGACCCACAACGAUAUGUUACAGGUCGAAACGAUGGGGAAGAAGCACAAGCAUACUUAUGCAAAGGUACCAAAUAGGAGCGCAGUUAAGUGUGGCCACUUCAACGCUUCUCGUGGGAAUGUUUUUUCUUCACAUGGUGCAGUCCCCCAAAAUGGCGAAACUCCCCUUCAUCGCAAAAGGAGAUACAUAAAAAUAGCGCUCAAAUGGAUUGACAAACGUAACUCACCAUCCGCUGGAAGAGUCAAUACAGAAGAGAAGUACCACCCCUUUGUGAUCCUCCAAAGAAUAGCACACACGAUUGAGAGGAACGCAAAAAAUGAAGUCUGUCCUAUUAGAAGAGCAUUCAUAGAAAAUAAGCAUGGAAAAGCAUCCCUCAGUGCAUACAACUUUUUCAAACACUGGAUAAGCAGAAGUGAACACUUAUCUAGCAAACUAGUUACGACGCAUAAUAUUUCAUUAAAUUCUGCAUGCAUCAAUUCUUUUUUCGCGGAUAUAUUACUUUGUUUUUUUAUUGGGAAUUUAUAA